AUGGACAUCAAGUCAAUCCUGGAGAAUCCUCGCACGUACAGUAGAGUGUAUUGCGCUUCGACUUUGGUAGGCGUCUGCACAUAUGCUGCGCUGAUCAUCAUUUCUACCCCAAAGUCUGGUGCCGCGUCUCUACUACGAUACUCCAGUCCUGCGGUCGUGCUUACAGUGGGGCAACAUCUCUUCCAAGAGCUCCAUGGUAUCAGCGGCAGUCUUUCCCAUCGAAGUGUGUCUCUGGCGCUCACAGCGCUGUUCAUACUCCAAUGCUGCAACUUCUUGGUUAUCAAACGAUUUGAUGCCAAUGACCUAGCCGAGGAAAAGAUCUUGCGACGCUCUGAUAGCCUGGUCAUCAAGGUAUAUCGAGUUGUCUGCCUCAUUUUCAACGUCCGAGGUAUCGGAACUCCCUGGCAAGCAAAGCAUCUCUCCGACUUCCCCAAAUUCUAUACUGGUCAGAACGGGAGCCGAAAGCCGACUCGCAGGCGGUUUAUCGCUCGCCAGCUAGUCAUCGUCGCAUGGCAAUAUCUCCUGCUCGACUUUAUCUACGCUUCGUCGAUGGAGACACUACCUGAGGACACCCAGAGAAUGUUUGGCCACGGAGUAGAGUAUACGUACCUGGACGCGACCUCCGAACAAUGGAUGGGUCGUUUUAUCGUUGGGGUCGUUGCUUGGGCGGUACCAGGACGUGUGACCAUUGACUUCACAUAUCGCAUUUUAUCGAUUAUCGUGGUCCUAUUCGGGUUCUCUUCGCCGGAGCAAUGGCCUCCUCUGUUUGGCAGUAUCUGCGAUGCAUACUCCAUUCGGGGAUUUUGGAGCACAUUCUGGCAUUCCUACUGCCGUUGGACUCUGACGACGAUCAGCAACUUUAUCUGCAGGGAUCUCCUGCGACUUCCACGACCCUCUCUCGUUGAACGGUACAUGAACGUUGCAGGCGUCUUCCUAACAUCGGCCAUUAUCCAUAUGGCGAUAGAUGCCCAUUGCUGGUGCCCGCCUUCCAAGUUACCUGCCUUGGCUUUCUUCGGCUCUUGUGUAAUUGGUAUCAUCAUCGAGGACACCGUUCAGGAGUUAUGGCGCAAGCUCAUAGGUUAUCAGAAGUCUGCAGGAGUUCCUACAUGGCACAAACUUGUUGGCUAUCUUUGGGUAUCGUUCUGGUUCGUCAUGACGGCACCUUGGUAUCUGUACCACAACACUCGUUUGCCCCCUGAUGAUACAUGGGUGGUGCCAGUAAGCGUUGUAGAUAAACUUGGCGAUGAUAAGGAGUGCUAUGAGAACGAAGUUGGAACGUUUGAGAUGAAGAAGCGCUGGUAG